UAGCGGGCCUGCAUACGUCACGUCCCGCUAGAUGUUUUUUCUCCCUUGGUUUUUUUUCCCUUUCUACAUAAAUGUUGCUGAGACUCAGUCCCUCCUCCGUCUCUCCAGCGUCUCCCCGCGCUGUCAAACCCGCAGCCCCGGGCAGCAGCCGCCUCUUCCUCCGGGACGCACCACUGAUGCUCCGCAUUUCCUCUUCGCUGGAAUAACUUGAGGUCGUGUGAAGUAGUUUUUUUUUUUUUUUUUUGCAAUUUAUCUUUCUUCCUGCCCCCCUCUUUUUUUUUUUUUGUGAGUCUGGGGGAUCUGCAGCAGGUUACAUAAAGGCGGAUAACGGACUGAGAUGAGCGCCCGAGUGACGGCGUAGCGGCAGCUCCAGUCCCCGCCAGUGUGGCCGGGUGCGGCGCGGGAGAGAGGACGCAGGAAAAAGAAAAGGGCGAUCUGGUCCCCCGCAUGUGCGCUCACUUACACUAAAACACAAUUCCCCCACGGGGUCGGCUGGAUGGUGUCAAUGCUGGGCGGUUCAGGGCUGUAUCCGAGCAGGAUCAGAGCUAGGCCGGUGCGCAGCGGAGUGAAGACGCGGACCAGCCGUCUCCUCUCCGGCGCGGAUGGCUCGGAUUAACCCUCCAAACAAACCCGUUUAGUAAUAAGAACUGUGUAAUUAUAGCGUAAUAGCGCAUGCAGUCGGCGCUUGGCCUUGAAAGUCAUUCAUAAAACUAGUGUUGAAGGCGAUGCACAGGCCCAUGUCUUAAUUUGGAAACAAAGAAUUAAGGCUGCUGAAGGAAGAGAGAGGCUAAGCUGGGGGAAUAAGCUGAUUCCGCCUGUGUUGGUUUAACCAGUCCAGCUUCCCUUUAGUGGAGUCAUUUCUGUCAAACCCGGUUUUUUUUUUCUUUUUUCACGCUUUAAGUUGUAUUUAUUUUUUUAAUUUGGGUUUGAGUGUGCCACGGCACCAGGAUGGAUGGGAGUGAUGCCGGCAGCGCCGGCAGCGCCGGGCCGGCGGAGGUGGAGCCCAUGCCGGGGUACCUGCAGCUGAUGUCCCGCGGCUCCGGCGUGCUGCUGGCCGCCUGGAGGGACUGCAGCAGCUGCGGGCUGCAGCGCUCCAGGACCACCUUCCUGGAUCACGCCUACUUCACCUGGACCGAGAUGGCCCUCUUUGUCUUUUGCGCCUUUUUGUGGACCAUGGUCAGGCGGGGACUGACACAAAGUCUGUUUAAGCCUCUUGCACAGUGGUGCAAGCUGCUGCCCAAAGAUGCUGCCAAGAUGCCGGAGAGCUCGUGGAAGCUGGUCUUCUACACCAUGUCGUGGUCCUACAGCACCUACUUGCUGUUCUUCACUUCCUACCCCUUCUUCCACGACCCGCCCUCCGUCUUCUACAACUGGAAGAGUGGUAUGACAGUGCCUACAGACAUCGCCUUGGCCUACCUGAUCCAGGGCAGCUUCUACGGCCACUCCAUCUACGCCACCAUCAACAUGGAUGCGUGGAGGAAGGACUCGGCCGUCAUGGUGGUGCACCACAUCAUCACACUGGCGCUCAUCGGCUUCUCCUACGCGUUCAGAUACCACAACGUAGGGAUUUUGGUGUUAUUCCUGCACGACAUCAAUGACAUCCUGCUGGAGUUUACCAAACUCAACGUGUACCUGAAGUCCAGAGGGGGCGGCUAUCACCUGCUCAACGACGUGCUGUCCAACAUGGGCUCCGUCAGCUUCAGCAUCUCCUGGUUCUGGUUCCGUCUCUACUGGUUCCCACUGAAAGUGCUGUAUGCGACAUGCGUGUCCAGCCUCCAGUCGGUCCCCAACAUCCCCUUCUACUUCUUCUUCAACACUCUUCUCUUCGCCCUGCUGCUCAUGAACAUCUACUGGUUCCUGUUUAUUGUGAUUUUUGUAGUGAAGGUGCUAAAGGUGAAGGAGGUGAACGAUGUCAGGGAGUAUGAAGACGAGGACGGCAGCAGGGCUGCAGCAGAGCUGCUCGGAAACUCUCGGGCACCAAAACACGAUGAUGAUGCUGGACAUCACAACGCUGCCCAUGGGAAGCACGUGCAGAACGGCGUUACCAAGGAAAAGCAUCUAUAACAGGCUCUCUGGCGCCACCACCAGGAACCAGGCUACUAAUACACUCAAGACAACGCGCCCUCCUUCAACAGCUUGCGUUCAGGACGUGGCCCGAGGCAAAGAGCGUCACAAAAAAAUCCCAACAAAAACCCCCACAAAAAAAAAACGGAGGGGAAAUUUAGGGUGCAAUGAGUUUCAUUCUUGUCCUUUUAUUCUUUUCUUUCUUUCUUUUUGCUGUCGUUUUGUUUUUAGAGCACUGUGAAUGUUAUUACAACUGUCUUACUGUUGUCAAGUUGACGUUUGAUAGAAAUAAGAAAUCAACCUGUUUGGGUGAGAGCGGGACUGUGACUGUCCUGAAGCCCCGACAGCGAGGAAAGGUUUAGGCCUGCACUGAAGCAACAGUAGCAACCUGGUGAACAAACAACCAAGUCUCCUCUUCGGCUUAGCAUACGAGGAGAAAAGGUUUAACAAAGAAAGCAGGACUGGUGGUGCAGGAGAGCCAGCAUGAUGCUCUCCUGUACCGCUGCACCACGCGCAUCGAUUUUCAUCCUAAUCCACAAAUUUAGUGGUGACAGCUGCACAGCUCUGGCUCCCUGCACCCAUUAGUUGGAAAUGAGGAGCCAGACAUGUGAGUGUGUCUGUGUGUCUGCGUGUUUUACGAUGUGAAGAGUGUGGUUGCGGCUUUUAGAGAAACAAAAAACAAAACAAACGAAAAAAAAAAAAAGGUUUAUUUUUGAGUUUGUCUCUGUACUUUUGUCUCUGAUGAAUCACAUGACCCUGACUUGUUCCCUUGACAUUCCUACAGUUGACAUGUUGGCAUUUUUGUCCUUCUUAGCAUCUGCUGCAAAGCAUCUGUUUCUGCACUGACAUGAAAGCAUACAAGCUUAUUGCUGGUUUAAUGACAGCAAACAGCUAGAAUUGAUUGACUGGGUAUCAGAGUCAUCCUCGUGAUUGAAUUUGUUUUAAAAAAAAAAGAAUAGAUGAAUGGCGUUUAUAUUUACAGCUAGUUCAUGGGUGAUGGGGGGGCCGCGUAGUUUAUAGAAAAGUGGAACCCACACCCUGAACUUGUGAGAUGAUAAAAAUAAAACAUUAUGUAUGCACAUGCUACGGUAUAUGGUAUUCAGGAAUGCAUGUAAUCGGAAUGAUUAUGGAAAUGUGCUAUGAUUUUAUCAAGAAAAUCCUCCAGCUAUGUGAUUUUGUUUUUAUUUAAUGUCUAAAACUAACUCUGAACGGGAGGUUUGUUUAAUGCAGCGCUGGCCACUGAGCACAACAUGUAAACAGAAGAAGCAGCGCGUGACAGGCGCUGCUGUGGCAUUUAAAUGUGAGCCAUUUAAACAGGUGUGGCUCACCGAGGAGCUUCUCACUCAUGUACAUGAGGCCUACAUUUGGGGAAAGGGAAAAACAGAUUCAGGAAGAAAAAAAACAACAAUCGUGGAAUUAAGCUACAGAGAAAGGGAAACUGUUGAAUUUGAUUUUUUUCCCCCAUGAGCCCACUGGUUGACUGCAUGUGUGUAAAGAAAACAGCUGCUGUUUCCAUUCUUCCCACCUUCUCGAUCAAAUUCAAGCUCUUGUUUUGAUGAACGGCAUGCUUGUGCUGCUUGAGCAGGCUGCAGAUGUUGCAGUCCGUAGGAGAGAGCGUCUUUGCUGAGCUUUUUUUGUUUGUCUGUCUUCCAGCAUCCCCAAAUCAGUGUCCCGGGGAAUUAAAACUAGCUUAUGAUUUUACAUUAAACAAUCUCUAUUAUCGCUGUAGUUGUUUAUUUUUUAAUAUAUAUAUACCUUUUGAUUUGCUGCUGUUUUAUUAUUUGUUCCACUCUUUUCCUGUGAGAGCACUGUUUAUAUUCCAGAUGUGUGGAUGUAUUUUUGCUGAGUAUGAGUCAGGAGUAUUCUGCUCAGAUCACAUUUUCAUGGACCACGAAAAAGCAGUAUUGUUCAUCUCCAUUAUGAACAUCUGGAUUUAAUCGUUUUAAUCUGAAUGCUGGUUUCCUCUCAUUUAACUGUAGCCCCUGCACACCUGUACUGUCAUUGACACCGUCCGUCCAACCUGCUGCUAUCAUGUUCAACUGUGAGACUAGAUUACACACAGUUAUAUGAUGAGAGGAACAACAUCUGAACCGGGUGGGGAAAUUUGCAUCGAGCCCACAAAGAUCUGCAAUCUGGAUUAGCUGUGACUCAUCCCAGAAGUCCGCUGUGGGCAGUGUUCUUCAAUCCAGGCCCUCGGGCACCUCCCCCCCCUUUUGCUGCAUGUCAUAGGUGUGUUUAAGCAGGGAAACAUAAAACAUGAGGGGCGGCGACUCCUGAGGACCUGGAUGGAGGAACACCGGCCUACAGUCCGGCGUGCAACAGAUUCCCCAGCUGCCCGAACCUUGUAGACGUCACAAAACACAUGUGAUGUUAUGUUCAACUAAAUCCUACUAGAUGUGAGCAAUGUUAUUAUAAAUACCACUAUAUAAGACUACACUGUUUACAUUAUGGUUUCUGCUCUCAUCACACCUCAGGGUUUUAUUUGGCUUCUGUGGAAGUUUUUAAUCAAUCAGCAGUUUCAUUGCAACAUUGGAUCAAUUUUAUAUGUCAAAUAAGUGAAACACAAAACUUAAUUUAAAAAAACAAAACACUUUUUUUUAAUGUCUAGUGACAUUUUCAAUAAACUGACCUCUAUCAUAACUUAGAACAGACUUCCCAUCAUAAAAGAAACUAAGCCAUAAAGAUUUGGCUUUCUGAAAACACGAUUCCCACUUUGAGUUUUGAUACAUUUGCUUGUAGACUUUGGUUCCAGGUAUUGGAAACACGCAGCAUAAAAUCGCCUUUAAUGAGCUGCAUGAAACCAAACUCACAUCCGGUGUUUAACCUCUGACAGUGUCACUACUUGUUGGUACACAAAGAAAAUGAUGUCUACAAGCCAAUUAAAAAAAACAAAACAGUUUAACACAGCAACUCAGCACAGAAGGUGCGGCGUAUCUGCUAGAUAUCUGCUAGAUUUCUGCUGUGGGCUCCGGCUGCCUCACUUCCAGUCCCCAUACUUCAGGCUCAGGGAGAGACCAGAACAGAAGCUGCAUGUGCAGACUGAGCAGGACACCAGCAGAACUAACGGGGCUUCCUUUCUGGCUACAGUUGCACUGGCGUGUCUAAAUGAGAGUAUGUUAGGGUCCACGUGUUGGUUGCAUUUACUUAAUGUAAAUUAGGAGGGUUUAAAAGAAAAGGAAGAAAAAAAAGUGGCAUGUUUUAAAAUGUACAGCUGCAGAGGUGAUAGUGCGAAAUCAGCAGAACAUUAAAUAUGGAUCUCUACAACUCUGCGUAGUCAUUUCUCCAGUUCCAAACAUGCAGGUCGGAGCAGGAAAGAUCAGGGAGUGACAGUUAAGAAGAAGAAAGAAAAAAAAAAAAAUCCAAAGUAUUUUCAUUCAUGGUUUGACUGUGCCAAAACGUCCACCAAAAGCUGAUGCAAAUGUUUGUGGGAGUGGGGGACCACUGCAGUUGAGAGCUGGUUCGAGUGUGACGGGCAGAGACGCCCUGCAAGUGUCUCUUCUGGAUUGCACUGUAAUUUAUUAGUAUUACUUUUAUUGUUCAUUUGUAGAUCAAAACUAAAAAGGGUGAAUUUGUGACUUUCUAUGACAAUGACUGAAGGAUCAUGAUCUAACUUUCACUUUAAAAUGUAUUUUAUUGAUUUUUGGACCACUGAUGCACACUGUAAGCUCUACACAUUAGCCCGAGUUUUUCAAACUGAAUUUGACCACUUUCAAGAAAAAAUGACUACUUGAUAAAGACCUGUAUUUGCUCUUUUAUAAUACAGUUUUAAUACCAUUAAGCCAAUGUUAUUGUUUCUGUAUCUCAUGAAAUAAAACCCGUCAGUAAAUAA